AUGGCCUCCGCCAUCUUAGCUGCCAUUGCUUCACCUGUGAUGGCUUACCUAUCGUAUCUGGAACAUCAUCGGUCGCUCAGGACGUCGCUCAUCCUGAACCCAUACCUUUUGAUCAUCACGAUAGUCAACAUCGGCAGAACACCUGCGUCAGCGGCACUUGUCGUCAUGGAAGCUAUACCGAAGAGCCGCUGGCUUAAGUCUUCAAAUCAAGGCAAGAAUCCUGAGGAGGCGAGCGGUCUCUACAGCCUACUGUUCAUGUCUUGGGUGACCCCUCUGCUCAGGCUGGGGAACAAAAAGAUAUUAGAAACGAAUGAUCUCUACCCUCUGGACUCCCAACUCUCGGCUGACGUCCAGUCUGGUCACUUCCAGAGGGAAUGGCGAGACAAACAUCGAUCACCCAAAGGGAAUUUGUUGGUCAUCCUUCUCAAGUCUAUAUCCUGGUCAUUGAUUCAGCCUAUCCCAAGCCGGCUCGCGAAGGUAGUGUUCUCGUUCUGCCAGCCAUUCUUCAUCGGAGAACUGAUCAGAUUCCUGGAGUCCGACCCACUCUCGAACCGCAACACUGGACUCGGCCUCAUCCUGGCGAGCUUGCUAAUCUACCCUGGGCUAGCGUUGUCAAACUCGACCUUUUUAUGGCUUCACUCUCGCGCAGUCAGCAAAGCCAGAAGCGCCCUCGUCACAGCCAUCUUUCAGAAGAUGACCGAGCUCAACUCCACCCACCUGGACACGAACAUCCUGACGCUCAUGAGCACGGACGUCGAGCGUAUCACUCCGGGAGGGCUGUACCCGAUCCAUGAUAUAUGGGCAAACACCAUCGAGGUGAUCCUGGCGUCCUGGUUCCUACACAGACAGCUCGGCGCCGCAUUCAUCGCACCAAUCCUGGUGGUGUCAGCAAGCGUCGUGAGCACUUCUUUCAUCGCAAAGUUCGCAGGCCCCGCCAUGUCGAAGUGGACCCAUCGUACAGAGGCCAGAGUCAGGUUGACCACUGCCGUGGUGGCAAGUAUGAAGGCUCUGAAGAUUUCUGGGCUCUCCGAGUCGACCGCCGGGUUUCUGCAAAAGUACAGAGAGGACGAACAGCGUAUUGGAAGCGCCUACCGGAUUCUUGUCGUCGUCUCUAUCACCUCUGCCUUCACACCCAUGUUCCUUGCGCCGGUGGCCACCUUCUUCUGGGCCGGGCGUCAGCUGAGCAUGGCUGAAGUGUUUUCCAGCCUGUCGUACGUGGCUCUGAUUACAAGCCCUUUGACCCAGCUGUUUCAAAAGGUGCCGGAUAUUCUGGCUUCGUUUGCAUGCCUCUCCAGGAUUCAGGACUUUUUGACCAUGGAGGCGAAGUCGGAGUAUCGCAGGUUCGAUGGUUCUCCAGCCACAGCAUUGGAGGAAGCAAAUGUGGCCAUUUCAUUUCGACAUGUAAGCCUAGGUUGGACUGAGGAUCGAAGGCAACUGAAGCACCUCAAUCUGACCAUCCCGAGAUCAAGCCUGACGAUUGUCACUGGACCAGUGGCCGCGGGCAAAUCAACCCUAUGCAAAGCACUGUUGGGAGAAGUUCCUUUCACGGAGGGAACAAUCAGAUUCCAUCAGGGCUUGCCUCGCAUCGGUUACUGCGACCAGACACCUUUCCUCACAAAUGGCUCUAUCCGGUCCAAUAUCAUCGGAUUCGGGCCGUUCGAUGGCCAGCUUUACGAAGAAGUUCUGGAGACUGUCAUGCUCAAGGAUGAUCUUCGUUCACUGCCAAGGGCUGAUGAAACGCCUAUUGGAAGCGGUGGAAUCAGCCUCAGGGGCGGCCAAAGACAGCGUGUUGGCCUCGCGCGAGCGCUGUACCUCAACGCUGACGUCUAUGUCCUGGAUGAUUGCACAGUGGGCCUCGACAAGCCUACUGCAGACAAGAUCGUGUCAUGCUUGUUUGGUCCUGGCGGGUUUCUUCGCCGCAGAAAGGCCACGAUAGUGUGGUGUACUCACUCGAUCAAAUAUCUGCCCCUUGCCCAGAAUGUCAUCGCCCUCAAUGCUGAAUGUGGCUUGGCGCACCAGGGUCAGCCCGAGGAAGUCCUUGGUGACAAGCGAGUUGUUUCAACAUUAGAACAUGACCAGGGCAGGCCUAAUCAACAAGAUGUUGUGCCAGAUGCCAAAGUCUCCAUAAACGCAACUUCGAAGACAGAGCAUGAAGACGAAAAAGAUCCCACCCGUAAUCUCAACGAUACCUCAGUCUACGCCCACUAUUUCAGCUCCUUCGGCCCCCUUCUCAUCUUCGCUGUCCUAUUCUCGGGCUUGAUGUGGGGUUUCUUCUGGAACGCUGGCACACUCAUUCUCAGGUACUGGGCCGACAACAGCUUCCACAUUCCCGCCUCUCAAUCACACGUCAACAAUGUCUACCUCGGCAUCUACGCAAUACUCCAACUCUGCGUGGGCGGAUCAGUCCUACACCUCAAGGCCGUCAAAGGCCUGAUGGCCGCGCCGUUGCAGCACUUCACCAAGACAGACCAGGGUGUCACCGUCAACCUCUUCUCGCAGGAUAUCAACCUCAUAGGCUUCUUCCUCCCCAAAGCCCUAUCGAACACCAUGCUCGCCUUGUUCGCGUCGGCGGGCCAGGUCGUCGUGGUCGCUGUCGGCAUCCCCUUCGUGGCACUGGCCUACCCAGUCCUCCUGGCCUUCCUGUCCUUCCUCUCGCGGUUCUACCUCAGAACAUCCAGGCAGCUCCGCCUCCUCGACCUCGAGAACAAGAGCCCCCUCUACGCACAGUUCCAGGACACGAUCCGCGGCAUCGCAUCCAUCCGCGCCUUCGGCUGGGUGCAGCAGUACACGGCGCAGAACCACGCGUCCGUCGACGACAGCCUGCGGCCCGCGUACCUCCUGCAGAUGACGCAGGUGUGGCUCGCGCUCGUCCUCAAGCUCGUCGUCGCCGCGGUCGCGAUUUCCGUUACGGUCCUGGCGACGCAAGUGGUUUCGUUGUUCGGGCGGGCGGGCUUUGUCGGCGCGGGGAUGGUGUCGCUCAUGGAGCUCGGGAACAUGAUGAACGCGUGCGUGCACAGCUGGAUACACCUUGAAAUGAGCCUGGGCGCGGUGAAGAGGCUGAAGGAUUUUGGUGAGAAGUCAGGGAGUGAGGACAAGGAUGGUGAGGGCCUGCGGCCUGCGGAGAGCUGGCCGGAGAGGGGCGAGAUUGUGAUUGGGGGUGUCGAUGCGUCAUACGAGGAAGAAAGGUACCGAGAUAACGGCGAGGAUAGGACUCUUGUCCUCAAGGGGAUUCGGAUGAACGUUCAAGCGGGCGAGAAGGUGGCGGUCAUCGGGAGGACAGGAAGCGGCAAGUCGUCCUUGAUCCUCCUCCUUCUGCGUCUGCUUGAGCCGACAUCCGAGACUGCGGGUGAAAUCACCAUUGGCGGUACUCCGCUCCGGCGGAUCCACCGAGAUACGCUUCGGCAGAGGAUCAUUGCCAUGCCUCAGGUCAUGGUAUUUCUCGCCGGGGGCGAGAGCUUCAAGGCCGCGCUCGAUCCCUCCUCCCGCAACUCCGACGAGGAAUGCCAGUUCGCCCUCGAACAGGUCGGAUUGUGGUCCAUCAUCCAGAAUUCUGGAGGACUUCAGGCAGAUAUGACCAAGGACGUAUUCAGCCAAGGCCAAAAGCAGCUGUUCAGCCUCGCCAUUGCUAUUAUCAGGGCGCGGCUCCGAGAGAAGCAUGGCAGUAGAGGCGGCAUAUUGCUUCUGGAUGAGGUCACCUCGAGUGUUGAUAGGGAGACGGAACAGACUAUGAUGGACGUUAUCAAGCGAGUCUUUGCUGAUUACACCGUUGUCGCUGUCACGCAUAGCCUCGAGUCUAUCGCAGGUUUUGAUAGGAUAUUCGCCUUGGGGAAUGGACGGGUUAUAGAGGAGGGCGCGCCGCAUUCCUUUUCUCAAGAAGACACAAGGGUCGACAAUUGA